UGUUUGUCAACUGCUUGGAGAAGACGCAUUCUCUGCAACUAGUGCAUGUCCUGUGCGUUGACUGUGUUGCCAGGGAACACACUCGAACAUUGACCUCGAAGCCACAAUGGUUGCCGUGGUUGCAAUAGAGCACUGCCUCCCUGUGCCUGGUGAAUCGUGCAGUGAUGGUUUUCAGUGGGAGGCUCAACCUUCCACCCACCUUUUGACAUGGGGAGCAGGGAGGCAAUGCCUGGAAGCUGAACGUGAUGCAAAGUCAGUGAAUCAUGGGACGAACAAGAAGUCCUCUAUGAAGCCUGAGAUGCUCUUAUUAUAUAACCACAAAUCUAUACAAAAAUAUCACUUAACAAAUUUGUCUAAUUGAAAAUGAUUAACUUCAAGCAUGUGUGAACUGUGAGAGAAAAUCUCCAUACUCAUUUACAGGACUAACAUCUAUGCAUAUGAAAACUCAAAUCAUUUCAUCAUCAUCGUCAUCAUCAUAACUUAUUGCAUAUCUAUAGCAAAUUAUCAUCAAGUCUCAAGAAUUUUACAACUGAAAACACUUUCCACACAAUUGUUCAAUAACAAGAUUUAGGGAUUGGAAGACAAAAAAAAAGACUAUGUCAAAACUUCAGAGAGUUUGUUAUAUAUGUGGUAAGCAAUUUGGAUUGCAUUCAAUUGCUGUUCAUGAACCUCAGUGCCUGAAGAAAUGGCAGAUUGAAAAUGGAAAAUUACCAAAACACCUACAAAGACCAGAACCCAAAAGAAAAGAGACAGUUAACGCAGAUGGUUCACUUGACAUUAAUGCCGCAAAUGCAGCAGCAAUCGAAAGUGCAAAUGCUCAGCUUAUUCCCUGUGAAAACUGUGGGCGAACAUUCCAGCCUGAUCGACUUCCUGUGCACCAGAAAAGCUGUAAACCAAAAGAUGGAGGCGCAGCAUCCAACACACGUCAGCCAAGUACAAGUUACAAAUCUCCACCAAUAAGUAGGCGUCCACGAACAGUUGUCUGCUACCUUUGUGGACGGGAAUAUGGAACUACUUCGAUAAGUAUCCAUGAACCCCAGUGUUUAAUAAAAUGGCGCCUUGAAAAUGACAACCUACCCAGGCAUCUCCGGAGACCUGAACCCAAAAAACCUGAGGUCCUGCCUAUCAAGGGUACAGGUACCUAUGACAUUGAUGCUUUAAAUGAGGCAGCUUGGAAAAGUUCUCAAGACCAACUGGUGCCCUGUAAUAUCUGCGGCCGUACAUUCCUCCCAGACAGAUUGAUUGUCCACCAGCGCUCAUGUAGACCAAAGUAACCAAGCUGCCAAAUAAAGACAAACAACCAAGGAAAAUUAACGAGCAGGAAUAAUUCAUUUAUGCCACUAUCAUUAUAAAAAACAACCAAUUUUUAUUUUUUCUAACUUCAGUGCAAUGGUUGUGAGUUUAAUAACACUUUAAAAAUUAAAUUAACUUCUCAGUUAUUGUUGCUUCAGAGAUUGUAUCUGAAAUUCCACAGCUGUUCCAACUGUAUUUUUUCCCAAAUCGAACAAAGAUUAGAAAGAUGGGUAAAGGACAAUAUCAGACCAGAGACUAGCUGCACUGGAUGUUUCAAACUCCAUGGCUGUUCAUUUCCAUAUAACCAUAUAACCAUAUAACAAUUACAGCACGGAAACAGGCCAUCUCGGCCCUACAAGUCCGUGCCGAACAACUUUUUUUCCCUUAGUCCCACCUGCCUGCACUCAUACCAUAACCCUCCAUUCCCUUCUCAUCCAUAUGCCUAUCCAAUUUAUUUUUAAAUGAUACCAACGAACCUGCCUCCACCACUUCCACUGGAAGCUCAUUCCACACCGCUACCACUCUCUGAGUAAAGAAGUUCCCCCUCAUGUUACCCCUAAACUUCUGUCCCUUAAUUCUGAAGUCAUGUCCUCUUGUUUGAAUCUUCCCUAUUCUCAAAGGGAAAAGCUGGUCCUCAUCAACUCUAUCUAUCCCUCUCAACAUUUUAAAGACCUCUAUCAAGUCCCCCCUUAACCUUCUGCGCUCCAGAGAAUAAAGACCUAACUUAUUCAACCUUUCUCUGUAACUUAGUUGUUGAAACCCAGGCAACAUUCUAGUAAAUCUCCUCUGUACUCUCUCUAUUUUGUUGACAUCCUUCCUAUAAUUGGGUGACCAAAAUUGUACACCAUACUCCAGAUUUGGCCUCACCAAUGCCUUGUACAAUUUUAACAUUACAUCCCAGCUUCUUUACUCAAUGCUCUGAUUUAUAAAGGCUAGCAUACCAAAAGCUUUCUUUACCACCCUAUCUAUAUGAGAUUCCACCUUCAAGGAACUAUGCACGGUUAUUCCCAGAUCCCUCUGUUCAACUGUAUUCUUCAAUUCCCUACCAUUUACCAUGUACGUCAUAUUUUGAUUUGUCCUGCCAAGGUGUAGCACCUCACAUUUAUCAGCAUUAAACUCCAUCUGCCAUCUUUCAGCCCAUUCUUCCAAAUGGCCUAAAUCACUCUGUAGACUUUGGAAAUCCUGUUCAUUAUCCACAACACCCCCUAUCUUGGUAUCAUCUGCAAACUUACUAAUCCAAUUUACCACACCAUCAUCCAGAUCAUUGAUGUACAUGACAAACAACAAAGGACCCAACACAGAUCCCUGAGGCACCCCACUAGUCACCUGCCUCCAACCCAACAAACAACCAUCCACCAUUACCCUCUGGCUUCUCCCAUUCAGCCACUGUUGAAUCCAUCUUGCUACUCCUGCAUUUAUACCCAACAGUUGAACCUUCUUAACCAACAUUCCAUGAGGAACCUUGUCAAAGGCCUUACUAAAGUCCAUAUAGACAACAUCCACUGCUUUACCCUCGUCAAUUUCCCUAGUAACCUCUUCAAAAAAUUAAAGAAGAUUAGUCAAACAUGACCUUCCAAGCACAAAUCCAUGCUGACUGUUCCUAAUCAGACCCUGUUUAUCCAGAUGCUUAUAUAUAUUAUCUCUAAGUAUCUUUUCCAUUAAUUUGCCCACCACUGAAGUCAAACUAACAGGCCUAUAAUUGCUAGGUUUACUCUUAGACCCCUUUUUAAACAAUAGAACAACAUGCGCAGUACGCCAAUCCUCGGGGACUAUUCCCGUUUCUAAUGACAUUUGAUUUCAAAAAGUAAAAUGCAAAGUCUUUCCAGCCAUUUGCAAUCAGUUUAUAGGUAUGUUACAAAACUUACCUUCAGCGGUGCUGCAGUUCUGUCACUGCCCGUGUGCGCGACUUUGGCACCUUUGAGAGGGGGGCAGGUUUAAAAUGCCGUUUUACUGGCUUUAAAUGUUUAAGUCGUUGUUGGUCAGCCUGUUUAGUUGCUAAAGAAAAAUCGCUCCGACAUUCGUUCUCUGCAGUUAUUUUUAAACAUCGCUGGAUAAUUUAUUUGUUAGAAUGUAAAAAUCAUCUUCUAAAGGCGUGAACACCGACAACGGGACGGAUCUCACGUAGGGGACAAGGCAAGGUACGCCGUUUAUUUUUACAUUAAAAGGUGCUUCUUAAGAUGCCUUUAAUCAAAAUUUUAAGUUGCGAGAAGGUGACUUGGGGCCCAUCCGAACCGGCAGUAUUUUUCCUGCCGACAUGGGGUUCAAAUUUACUGCAACCGCAAUGUUCCAAACAUCGCGUUCCACAAAAUCCCAUUCGCAAGAUGAUUUAAAUGGCCAUUAAUUUACAGGAAUUAACCACUAAAUUCCUUCCAUUUGGCCUUUAAAUUAAUGACAAUGAGGUUUUAAAAUCAUGUUAUAUUGUGAAUGUUAUUUGGACACUUAGGCUAUUUAAAAAUGUUAAUCUUUUCUAAAGAAAUGGAUAGAUGUUUAGAUCUAGUAAUUGAAUUUUGU